AGCAAUCGCCACAAGCAGUCGGUGCUGCGUCCCACAACUUUGUCACUGAUUCGGUUCAUGUGACAGCCCUCGGCGCGCUUAUUCUUAGCCUCACCUCCUCGUGUCGAUCCACUUGGCCUGCCUCCGAUCUGCCAACCACCACGACACUCUGCCGAACCAAGACAGCACGUCACACAGCAUUCCACGCCGCCGCCCAGAGAGCCUUGGCAGCCACGCGCAACAACACAACUCACCUCGACGAUCUCGGCCCAGCCACCGCAACACUCGAGCGUCCGCCAGCAGCCUAUGGACGUGGUCCAUCGUGCGACCUGAGUGACGAACCCUCAUGGAGACCUUUGUCGACGAAGGCACGCCUCUGAGCAAUUACCUCGAAGGCGCGGGCGAGAGAGAAGAGCCAGAAUGGCAAGAGCCGACCGAUGCCAACUCGGCGGCAUAUGACGACUCCCCGCCGUCCACGCCCCUUCGCGACUUUGCGCCUAGAGGCCUGCCGAAACUCCGCCAGCGAUUCCGAGACCGCCUACCCGCGCGGCUUCAGGUCGACGUCCCUGUGCGGACCGACCUUGGAACCAUCACUACAAACAGCGCCCCGCUGGUCGACCUGUUCCAGUUCCUCUACGAGACAGUCACAUCGUCCAUCGACCACGCCCGGUCAAUAGGUUUUCUCGAGCGGCUUCGUCUUGCGAUUGUGCAGUCACAACUGCUAGAUAAUGCUUUGAUUCUAGGCCCCCAGGCCGCUGCCGAGUCCGUCAUCUCGCCUCCGUCCGAAGAAGCCAGCUUCCACGGUCUCACGGCUUCUGGUGCUGUUGCUGCUGCGCUGCUCGGUGCCGGCGCAGCAGUGCUGGUUCGAUGGUUCAGGCAAGGCGGCAUCACGCCAACCUGGAAGCGCCUCUUCACGUCCAUGUUGGUGCUGGCGGUCUUCCUCGCCCUCGGCAGGACAUAUGUGCGGCGGCAGAUCCUGCGCAACAUCCAGAAGCGAGGCCUCUCUGAGGCGUCCACAUUCUUUUCCUUGUCGCGGGAGUUUGACGCUGCUAACGGAGCCGCCCUCAACUUCAUUAUGGAAGUUGAGCUGGUGGCACGUGGUUACCGUUUGAGCACGCCUAUCCCUCCGAUCAGCCGUCUCGAGAACAAUGGCCAGAAUGUCAAGUGUUUGCAGCUUCGGACUGCAGUGCGAUUGGGCCUCCUGGAAAUCAUCCCCAAGUAUUACCAAACUGCCCUGGCCAUUUGGGGCUUGGCAGAGCAGUUUCAGCUCGCGCAACUCCAGUCGCAAUACCAGUUUACACUGGCCGAUGUGGUGGAGCGAUACCAGCAGCUGGACCUCGAUGUCGAGAUAGGGCAGGACACCGAGAAGCUGCAGUCGCUCAAAGAUGUGGCUUUCUUAUUUCAUGACAUCCGCAAGGUCUUCUUGGGUGGCAUAUUGGCCCUGCAUACAGAUGGCACAGAGACCGAUCGUGUUCGGUACACUGCCAUUUCUGAGGCGUUUGUCGAGCUGAAUAUCGUUACAAAGAAGUCCCUGAGCAGGGUGCGGGAGGUCCUCGCCGGGACUGACAUGCCCGUGGCUACAAGCACACCAAAGAGCCCACGAUCCCCGAGACAUGACCAGUGGCAUCAUCAAGUCAGGCGGUUGAGUUCGAUGACCAUGAACAUUCGAAGCGUGCAGGCGAAGCUUCAUCUUCUUCGCGAGGAGUCCGCACGAUCAUUGGACAAUGCCGACGACAUUAGCGACCUUGGACCAAUGUUCAUGUCACAGUACGAGUCUAUUGGACAAGAUCUGCGCGACUUGAUGGAGGCCUGGCAGACCGGCAAGGCGACCUUGGCUUCUGGAAUCAACAGGAAUGAGAAGCGGCUGUCAUCGAUUGGCUCCGUCCUGGCAUCGCCCUCGAGCACACUAAGUGGACUGACCAUCGCCGAGGAGGGUGACAGUAGCCAGGACGAGAAGGAUGGCGUUGAGGCUGCGCUGAGAAAGCUCAACGGCAACAUGACACCGCCAGAUGUCGAGCCGGAAGUCUUCGAGGCAGUCUCGCUCCCGCGGCCGCGUAGUAUGCUGUCGCGAGAAGAGCGCAUCGUCAAGAUGAAGGAGGACCGAAAGACCAAGGAGGUGGCACGCGCGAAAGCUGAGGCCCACCGUGGUAUGAUGCGAGAGCUGCAGGGAGUCAUCGCAAGGAAACCAGCGGUUUCCCGCAUGUCCUUGUAAUGCUCCAACGAAGAAGGCAUGAUCUUCAUUACGACAAACUCUAAUCAUCUUUGCUUUGUAUCAUUGUCCGGCAUGAUUUGGGGUUCGCAAGCAUUUCAAAGGGCGCAACGGAUAAGACAUAGAAUGAUGGCUGUGCCCAUCUUGGCCGGCAUAUAUCGACAGGUGUUCAUCGGAGUUAUGGGGUGCUCGUGGAGAUUUCCGAGGUUAGCGUCGCGUUUUUUUUUUUCCACAUCAGCAUCAGAAGCCAUGUCCAAGUACAGACAAAGCGGGCAAACCCGUCUCUCGCUAUAUAAUUCAUUUGUCCUUUGCAUAUCUCGACAUUCGCCGUAAAUGGUCCUUGCAUGACAGCCAUGGAGUAGUAACGAGAGUGAAUCCACGCCUCCUCGCCAAGAUCUGUUCCUUCAUCGUUA